ACAGAAGGAAUCCCGACUCGUUUAGGAGGCGAAUUUUAAAACAGAAAUAAAAAAUGCGCCGCUGGUCUUAAACCAGAUCGCCGGAAUCCAUGGGCUUCGGCGAAAGUCUCUGGAUCCGUAGCCGCCGCCGCCGCUGCGUCUUGAUCUCCCUCCUCAUCUUCCUCUUCUUUGUCCUGCUCUUCAUCAUCCUCGGCGUUACCGUCUUCCGCGUCCGCGAAGCCACCACCACCGUCAACUCCGUCAGGCUCGGCGGCUUCAAGGCCGGUUUCAGCAUCCCCAAUCUCAGCGUCGACCUCAACGUCACCCUCGACAUCGACCUCACCGCCUACAACCCCAACCACGCGAGCUUCCGUUACGGCGACGGCACCGCCGAGCUGUUCUACCAAGACUCGCAGGUCGGCGAGGCGGCGAUUCCUUCCGGGGAGAUCGAUUCCGGCGGAUCGGAGCGGAUGAAUGUAUCGGUGACGAUCUUUGCGGGGAGAUUGAUCGGCGAUUCUUCCGUGUAUAAGGACGUGUUAUCGGGAUCGAUGCUUUUUCAGACCACGACGAGGAUUCCAGGCAGGGUUACGGUGCUGGGGAUCUUCAAGAAGCACGUCGUGACAUACAGUAAGUGCGAUGUGAUCGUGAACGUGACGAAUCGGACCUCCCAGACGUCCAAUUGCAAGUACAGAGCGAAGCUAUGAUCUCUAGGGAUUGGGAUCGAUUGGGAGUUUUCUUGUGGAUUUUUUUUUAUACUUUUGUACAUGAAGAUUGAGCUGUUUCUUGUGCUUGAAAUCAAUAUUCGAUAGAUUUAAUCGAGGAGGAAACCGUUCAGGAUGUUGGGAUAUUGCUGUGAUUUUUAUGAUUUGGGGAUGAACUAGGGUUCUGCUCCCUGGAGAAAAUUAUAGUUUUUGUACAUGAUAAUGUAGAUGUUUAUAAUGUUUGAAAUCAAUGUUUGAUAGAUUAAAUGAAAGUGUUGUCAUAUUGUUGUGC